GAUGUCUUGAUGGAUUAUUGGAUGGACCUGGAUGUCCAUUACGCAGAAGGACUCUAAUUUUAAGGACAUAAUUGACUAUGGACUGGACAAACUGAUGUUGAAACGAAACUUAACCGCUGUAGGACAGAGACGCACACGGAGUUAUACAUAAAGAUCGGUCUCCAGGUGAGCAGAAGGCAAAUUAUGGAAGCCGAGAGUCUUAUUCAACACAUUGACCGAGACAUGGAGGCCACUUCACCACCGUUUUCAUUGACCACCGACUGGCUGGAGGAUGGAAACGAGACGAUUGUGAAUCAGUUCCAGCAGCCCGGCUGGCAGGUGGCUCUGUGGGCUAUAGCCUACUCGCUCAUCAUCCUGGUGUCCAUCACCGGUAACGUCACAGUGAUUUGGAUUAUCCUCGCUCACAGACGCAUGAGGACAGUCACCAACUACUUCAUCGUCAACCUGGCCUUCUCUGACGUGUCCAUGGCAACCUUCAACACUCUUUUCAACUUUGUCUACGCACUUCACAACGACUGGUACUUCGGCCUGGGAUACUGCCGGUUUCAGAACUUCUUCCCCAUCACGGCCAUGUUUUCAUCCAUAUACUCAAUGGCUGCCAUCGCAGUGGACAGGUACAUGGCCAUCAUCCACCCUCUGAAGCCCCGCCUCUCCUCCACCUCCACAAAGGUUGUGAUCGCCCUGAUUUGGAUUGUAGCAGUCUUACUGGCUUUCCCUCAGUGCUACUACAGUGUGACGAUAUUCUACUACCCCAGAACUGUGUGCAUGGUCGACUGGCCUGACGAUUACGGAGGAACACAUCAACUAAGUUACCAGUAUGCUGUGAUAUUGCUGAUCUACUUGUUCCCUCUGCUGGUGAUGCUGGUGACCUACAGUUUAGUCGGCCGAUCGUUGUGGGGUGGGCACAUCCCCGGAGAGGCGACAGAACAUUACCACAGUCAGAUAACAGCCAAGAGAAAGGUGGUGAAGAUGAUGGUUGUCGUGGUGGUGACCUUUGCCCUCUGCUGGUUGCCUUACCACGUCUACUUCAUACUGGGAUCAUUUAACAGGGACAUUUACAAACAAACUUACAUCCAACAGGUGUACCUGGCCAUUUUCUGGUUGGCGAUGAGUUCGACCAUGUACAAUCCCAUAAUUUAUUGCUGUCUAAACCAAAGGUUCCGAGCUGGUUUCCGUCACGCGUUCUCCUGGUGUCCCUUCAUCAAAGUGUCGGAGGAGGAUAGGAUGGAGCUGCAACACACACACACCUUUAGAGUCACCAUGACACGCAGCCACCGCAACAGCAGCACAACCACACACACCUCCAUCAAAACCAACAACACCUUCGACACAAGUGUGGCUGUCAGCACUGAGCUGAACAUGGAGAGAGAAGCCUCCAUGCAGUUUAAGAAACACAUACCGCAUGACACACGUGCGGUGAAGAGGCUGGGGGACACAAAAUCCUCAGCUGCCAAACUUCUACAGCACAGCCACUGACUUCUGAAACAAAUCAUGAUGAGGACAUUCCUGAUGGAAGGGCAACAGGGAGCCUGCAGAUCGCCUAACAGGGAGAGCAAGCUGUGGUAGCGUUCAUCAGCGUGGGAAACCGUGAAGUAAAGAGCUGUUCAUUGGCUUGGGACCAAUAACUUUUUUUCUUGUUAAAGAGGCCUAUAAGUGUAUGUGACUAAGCUUCUGAAGUGGUCAUAUGUGAAGAUAUAGUUAUAUAUGAAGAAACUACACCUGCAUACUGGACAACACCAGAGGAUUAUUCUUGCAUUUUUCAUGUUUGCUGUUAGUGGGAAAGUCUGUAGAUAAAUCAUCACUGACUUUUUUCUGCUUCUUUUUCUGGGGGGAAAGCUAUGAAUAGUGGAUAUUUUUGUGUAACUGUAGUUUUUUUGUGGUUAUGGAUUUUUUUUAACAGCAGAAAAUUGAUGAAUACUCCACUAGCAUCAGCAUCAAGCCUUAAUAAUGUUGUUUUUGUGUGAUUGUCUAGGGGUGCACGAUAUAUAUUUGGGAAAUUUGUUUUAUUAUGUAUCAUUCCAAUGAUUAUAGUCUAUAAAAAGAGCUGAUAAUAUAAAGCCAAAUUUCUUUCAUUUAGAAGUACAGCAUCUGUACACUCCAACACAGUAGGUGGUCGUAUGCACCUUUCAAGCUGGUUUGCUGUCUGCUGUCUGAUUGAGUGUAUUUUGACAUACUGGACCUAACAGGUUACAUCAAAGCAUUUAAUAUCAGUUAUUUACCAGAAAUGCUUGAUAAAAGCCAAAGUAUAUUUGUAAUGUUCUCAAGGAACUUUAGGAAACAAAGAACAUUAGAGGAGUUCUUUACGUUUUGUUAACAGUAAUGAUGUGGGGGCGUACAUGUUAUUAACUUCUUUAUUUAAAUACAAAAAAGCAAAAUGAUCAGUUAUCAUAUCACUACCAGCUUAAUCAGAAGCAGGUAAUCAUCGGUUGUCUGAGUUAGCCAACAAAAAUCCCGUCCUUACUGUUUUCUUUAUGUUUAUUAAAAGAGGCCUCUUCCUCAAAGGGACAUUUUCUAAUCUUCACCUUCUUCUCUAAUCAUAACGCACAAAGUGAUAAAGUUGAAACUCCGUUAAAGUGGUUCUGAGGAGCUCUGUGGCAGAUAUUCAGCUGUUAGGGACUUUUUUUCAGUAUUUCUGUCACUACUGUUUUAACUUGCUCAACAUGUGAAAUUAAUAGACACAGAAGAUCUAUUUAUAUUAUAACACAGGCUGUAACAUAGAAGCAUGGUGAUACAGAAUCACUGAAGUAUAAGUAUAAUCAACCAUUUCAAUGUCAAUGUGUAAUAAGCAGCUAUCAGCAAAGUUUCAGAAGCACCACCUCCUGUGUCUCACAGGACAUUAACUGAUUAUUAUAGGCUUGAAUUUACUUUUUUCAUAGACUUUGCUGGAUAAAUUAUAAAGUGAGCAUGUGUCUGUUACUGUAUCAAUUCAGAUUUUUUGACUUAUUUAAACUUUUAAUCAUCUUAAAUGAAUAUUUUUUUGCGCACUUAAGGAAAAAUAAAUCAAAAUUGAGUUGGUAUAUUCAUUUGAGAAUGACCUUCAGUUUUUGCAAAUUAACUCUUUGUAUAUUGUGACUUCACUGGUUCAACUGGUACAACUGUAAUGUUUUAUGGUCGGUGUACAGUGGAGUCAAAGUGCUGCUACUUAGAAGAAUGUGAUGUAAAAUGUAAUCUAUUGAGUAUAAGUAUAUGUUAAACUUUGCUGAUGAAGUGGACAUGUAAAUAUGACACUUGUGCAGUGUUUGUGCACAUGUAGUAAGAUCACAAUGUUGUAAAUACUGUAGUUUGUUAGUGUUAACAUAUCAGAAUGAAUGAUUGUUUAUAAAGCUUUUUGACUUUUAAAAUGUAACUUUGUCAUAAAGUGACAAAGUGAAACAUCUGUAUUUGUUGUCUGCACAAAACAGCAGGGUAUUAGUUUGUGGCCUAAAUAAAAGUCGAUAAUGUGUUAAAUAAAUGUGAC